UAAAAUUUUUAACCUAAAUGUCUUCAUUGGAAAGAAAUUGAGCUCUCUGUGUUGGAAUAAUUAUUCUGUACAUUACUAACCUUUUUAAAAAUGGAAUAUUUCAGAAACUCAAACCCUUUAAAUGCUCAGCGGAACAUGUUUCCUUCCAAUCAUGGUUUUUCAAAUGUGCAAAAUAGUCACACCAAUGCUUCUUCUAAUAUUCAUCCAACCGUUUUUCGUCAGCAGUUUAAUUCUUCAAAAUUCAGUGUAAAUAAUGAAUCCCUUGAUAUUCGUCAGUUUCAAAAUACUUCUAGUUCAUGUACGAAUUCUACCGUUAGAACUCCCUUCAAAACAUAUUGUAGUGAAAUUGUAAAGCCUAUGAAUAAUUCUUCACUUCGCUCAUCCUAUUUACCCCCGAAACCAUCAAAUAACUUGCAACUGAAUCAGCGAUUUCCAUUUCGUUGUAAUCAGCCACAGUAUAUGAAAACUGAUAUUCCACCUCCAGUUCAAAAUUCAAAUAUGCUAUCACAUACUUUGCCUUCUGCAUAUCAUCCCCAUGAUCGUAAUUUUCAUAAUAUGAACGACCAUUCUUCAAAUCAAGUAAGACCCAUAAAUCCUAGUACUAUUUCGAAUGAUAUUCAACAGUUGGAAAAUAAAUUACCUUCUCACAUUCCCCUUCCAAAUCAGAAUAUCAGUUGGCCUAUAACUCUGCCGCCUAAUUUACCACCACCGCCACCUGUAUUACCUAGACUACCAGAGUCAGUAAGCUCUACUUUCAUUUCAGAAAAUAAUUGCACUAACUUCAAUGAUGCUUUGAAACAAUUUAGCACGCCUAAUAUUUCCCCUUAUCAAAGGGAGCAGCUUUCCAGCAAUUUCCCCCCGAUAAGUGCAGAUAAUUUCCCUCUUCCUCCUUUUUUUCCUCCAAUGGUUCCCAGUUCAUAUGCUCAAGCCUCGAACCCUAUGAGUGCCUUUUCUGCUGGAUCUGAGAAAGAAAGACAACUGUUAAAUUUUGUGAACAAGUUUCAUCCAAAAGAAAAAGAUCAUGUCAUCAAUAAAAAAAAUCUUACUGUUGUGGAAUUUCGUUCUGCCCUUAAGAUAGGUCUUACGUUGUUAAAAAUUUUAUCAGAAACAAAAAACACUUUGAUGAAACUUUUGGAAAGUGAUGAAGAUCAGUGGAAUUCAUGUGCAAAAAAUGCUUUACAGCUUCAGAACCAACUAACAGAAGUAUGUAAUAUGUUGUGUAAUCCCCAGAAUUUGACACACGUUCAGAGCAGAUUACUGAAUAUAAAAAAGAAAAGGGAAUACAAAAAGAGAAGAAAAUUGGCUAUUUUGUCUAUGAAACAAGACAAAGAAAAAUGCAGAAAAGAAUUGAACCAAGAAAUUGAUAAAUGGUUAGAUAACAUAAAAGAAAAAAAUCUAGAUAUUAAGAGGAAAACGGAAAUGAAAAAAGAAGCUGAUAACAUUUUAUCUGAAGUUAGGAGAAAAAUUCAUGAAGCAAAACGUACUAUUGAAAAAUUAAAAACGUUUGAAAAACUAAGAAAUGCUAGGCAAGCGAAUGCAAUGAAAAAAAGCCUCUUUAUACAACCAGAGCAUAGUAAGAAUUUUGAAGAAAAACUGUCAGUUUUGAAAAAAGUUAUGUUGAAACAAUUGGCUGAUUAUGAAGCUGAAGAAAGGGCUUUAAAAGUUAUGUUGGAAACUGAACAAGAAGAGCAAUUGGAACAGGAAGCUUUAUGGAGAAUUAGAAAAAUGAAAACAAUAUUGCAAAGAAAAAAGAAAAAUAUAUCGGAAUGCUUAUUUGGUGAUACAGAUGAACCUAGUCCUGAAGAUCCAAUUUACUUAUUUUAUGCUCAUCAUACUUCAGCCAAUAAUAGUAUUUCAAGUCUUGUACAAAUCAGGCAUCAAUGGGAUGUAUAUUUAGCCAAUGAUGGAGAAUCGAUCCCACAACAGUGGAUUGUGCCUGUAACUCCAAGUAAUGCAAUGUGGGAGAAGUUCUGCAGUAGCUGAUAAAGUGGCAGCGAUUAAGUUUCAAACAUUUACUCAUUUUCAAAAUAAAAAAAAUCUUUAUGUUUUUGAAUAUGUUACAGGCUUUCAUGUAUAUACUUUCAUUAUCAGAAUAUAUUUUUUAUAUAAAUAUAUGUUUUACAGUAUUUAUCAUUGUUUAAAAAAAAUGAUUACCAGCAAAAUUGUAUUGUAUUGCAUAAAAUAAAGAACUGCUU